CACUCUGGAUUCUACAGAAAACCACACUAAGUCCUAAGUACUCUAAAGUCCCGCUUCUUGAGGGCCCAAUAACAGCUUUUUGAAGAAGCUCGUUGCCUCCGACUGGAUGAUAAAUCAGAGAGGAUGAAAGAGGCUGUUGGCACCGUGUCAUUACUCCCGACUGCAGCUCUCCGCGGCCCGCGGCGCUCGGCACACCUCUCUCCGGUGUGGGCAGAGCCGGGGAGGUGCUCCGGGUGUCCCCCACGGUCCGCGUGCUGGGUGUGCGCUUCGAUCUGUAUUUAAGAGACGGCUGCUCGGACCAAGUUGACUGCGGAUCCAUUGGCAGCAUGGCGACCGACAAGGAUUCAACCCCGGGCUCCAUCGCGAACCCGAUCAAGUUCAUGGAUCAGGACUUUCAGACUCUACUGGAGAAAUGUCUGAAGUCUCGAACAUUGUUUGCUGAUCCCUGCUUCCCCCCCCAACAGACGUCCAUCGGUAUGCCGGAAGAUCCGGAUCCAAAAAAGGCGAUCAAGUGGCGGCGACCCAAGGAAAUUGGUGUGAACGCUGUGUUUGUGGAGGACACAAUUGGGACAACUGACAUCUGUCAGGGCCAACUGGGUAACUGUUGGUUGCUAGCAGCCCUGUCCUGUCUCACCAUGCACCCCACCCUCUUUGAGAAGGUGGUGCCCCCCAACCAAAGCCUGUCGGAGAGCUAUGCAGGGAUCUUCCAUUUUAGGUUCUGGCAGUAUGGUGAGUGGGUGGAGGUGGUUGUGGACGACAGGCUGCCAGUACGCGAAGGCCGUCUGCUCUUCAGCUACUCUCACACCCGCAACGAGUACUGGAGCGCCCUGGUGGAGAAGGCCUAUGCCAAGUUAGUCGGAUGCUACGGAAGCCUGAAGGGGGGCAACAUUUCCGAGGGAAUGGAGGAUUUCACAGGAGGAAUCGCGUACUCGCUGCAGGUCUCGUCUCGUGCUCCUCAAGUCCUCUGGAGGUCUCUGACAGCCGCACUGUCUCGAGGGAGCCUGCUCAGCUGCUUCAUCCAGGCCAGCAGCAACCCCGAGGUCGGUAAAGUGACCGGAGACGGGCUGGUUAAGGGCCACGCUUACGCCAUCACCGACAGCGACAAGGUAACAAAAGCGUCGGAUGAGACGUUGUUGCUGAGGCUGAGGAACCCCUGGGGCUUUGUUGAAUAUCGAGGACCCUGGAGUGACGCGAGUAAAGAGUGGGAUGACGUGGUCAAAGAAGAGAAGGAGAGGAUUGACCUGAAACAGAAAGAAGAUGGAGAGUUCUGGAUCAGCGCUGAGGACUUCAGCAGGCUGUUUAACGUUGUGGAGCUCUGCAGUGUGAAUCCUGACAACCUGGAGGACCAAAACAUCGCCCUAAAUACCUGGAGUAUCAGUGAAUAUAAAGGAUGUUGGGUUUCGGGGAGCUCUGCUGGCGGUAGCUCCAAAUACACCCAAUCGUUCUGGAAGAAUCCUCAAUUCCAGUUGGAUCUCACGCAGCACGACCGGGCGGAAGAGGACAAUCAGCAUGAUGAUGGGUCGAGAACCCCGCAGGAGAAGAGAGCAGAGAAAGAGAAGAGCAAAGCCAAACAGUGCACCGUGUUUGUGGAGCUGCUGCAGAAAAACCGCAGGAAGAAGACUCAAGCCGACUUUCUUCACAUCGCUUUCCACAUCUACAAGGUUCCUUCUGAGCUUAAGGGUGUGUGUCUGAGAGGAGACUUCUUCAGGACAAAUUUCCCCGUGGGUUCUUCUGGAAAAUAUGAGGCUCAGAGGGGUUCGUGGAGGGAGAUGCAACUGGACCCGGGGAACUACAUCCUCGUGCCCUCCACCUUCCAACCCAACCAGCCAGGAGAAUUCUUUGUCCGCAUUUUCUCCAAAACUGGAAACACUCUGGGGACUCAGGACUUCACCUGUUCCUCUAGCUUCCUUCAGGUCAUGGCUACUCCUCUCUCCCUGGAAGAUCAAGAGAGAGUUAAGAAGACUUUUGAUGAGGAGGCUGGCGCAGAUGAAAGACUGAACCCCAAGGAGCUCAUGAAGCUGUUCAACACAGCUCUUGAGAAAGAUUACCAUCUGCCACUGGAUACAUGCAGACAGCUCAUCUUCGGAGAGGCUACUAAAGGACGGUGCCGUCUCAGCCGGGAAAAAACAGGAACCCUGCUGUCCACUCUGCGCCAUCUGCAGACCAUCUUCUUACAGUUUGAUGAGGACUCUUCUGGGACCAUGAGCCCCUUUGAGCUCAGUGCAGCGCUGCAAGCCGUUGGGAUGCAGUGUGAUGGAAAGGUGUUGGAGCUGCUGUGUGAGCGCUUUGCAUCUGGAGAGCUUCACAUGCCUUUCCAUAGCUUCGUGUCAUGUGUCACCAGGAUGCAGAAGCUUUUUGCUCUGUACCAAUCAGAGACCAGUCAGGAGGUCAAAGACAGAGGGAUCAACUCUUGGCUGCUUCAGUUCCUGGUGGUGUGACGAUGCUUUAUGAAGAAGGUCUCCACAUCUGACCCAGCUCACAGCAUGCUGUUUAUUCCAACAGCGGUGGUCUCGUUGAUGCUUCGGGAUGCCGUUGUUUUGUUCUGGCUUUAUCCUUUUUAUUCUCCUUCAUCUGUAUAGCCUUGAUAUAAGUGAAAGGUUCAUGGUUUGGCUUCAUUUUUUUUGUGCAGGAUUGCACAUUGCAUUGUGGUUGUAGAACAUGAAACACGCGGAAUAAUUAUAAAUUAAAACAAAACAAUUUAGAAAAAAGUAAGUAAAAGUAGCACUUAGAAAUAACAAUUAUAUCCUAGAUUAUAUUACAUAAUUUAGAAAAAUAUGCGUGUAAUGCUGUAAUGUCACUCCACUUGUAAUAAAACAAAUGCAUUAAUUAUG